AUGCCUCUUUCCUCGACGCUCGCCCGCAAGCUGCGCGCUGCCGACGACAGCUCCGACGGCGAAGACUACUACGACGUCACGGAUCGCUCGUCGUCGGCCUCGAUCCUCGAGACGGGCGCCGGCGGAGACGUCAUCAGCUCAGAUGGCGAGGGCGUGGGCGACGACGACAUGGUGAGCAUAAGCAACGUCUCGUUCGGCGCCCUCGCCAAAGCACAAGCCGCCCUGGACAAAGACCACACCCCGUCACACGCCUCCGAAGACAAGCUGGAGGCGCUGAGGGAGAGGCUGCGGCAGAUCAAGGCGGACAAGUCAAAGUCGACGGCGAACAAAAAGACCAAGCCAACGCCCCGCGACGAGGGCAACGGCGGCCGUGGCGAUUCCGACUCGGAUGCGGCACCAAAGGCACGACCAAGCAAGCACGCGCCCGCUGUACAGUCAAGCAAGCGCAUGGUUUCGCGCAAACGCCAGGUCGUCGACGUCAAGAAGCCAGUCUCUCGAGACCCUCGCUUCGAGAACAUCAACGGCCCGCUGCCUGACGACAACACGAUUGGGAACAGAUAUGGAUUUCUCGACGACUACCGCAAAUCCGAGAUUGCCGACCUGCGCAGCACAAUCCGAAAAAGCAAGAACGAGGGCGAAAAAGAGAGGCUGAAGAGGCAGCUGCUCCCCAUGGAGUCGCAGCAAAAGACGCGCGAGAACAAGGAGGCGCAGCAGCAUGUCAUACGAAACCACAAGCAAAAGGAAAAGGAGCUGGUCAAGCAGGGAAAACAACCCUUCUACCUGAAAAAGUCCGAGCAAAAGAAGAUUGCCUUGAUCGACCGCUUCCAGAACAUGAAGUCCAAGCAGCGCGACCAUGUCAUCGAACGCCGUCGCAAGAAGGUCACGGCCAAGGAGCGGAGAAACAUGCCCGCGGAACGACGCGCAGCCUGA